AUACAAAGGCGUUUUUAUUAAUCAUAAUUAUAUUAAAUGUAUAGAAAAUUUAGCUGAUGACGUUUAAACUCGUGUACUAUUCACUUUAGAUAACAUUUACUUUUGUACGGAGAGUACACGUCGCCAUUUUCGUAUAACACUGCAACCUCUGGAAAUGGUGCACUUAACGAAACUCUUACGCCAUGGCGGUCCUACGCCGUAUCAUACCAACCCCAGGCUUAUGGUUGGGUCUGGAAAAGAGGUGUUAAAUACAAAGAGCCAUUAUAGCAGCUUGCUGCCCAUCCAUCUUGUAACCUUAGGAGGCUGCGUUGUUUGUGCAUGGUACAUGUGCAGAUCUCUGUUCUUUAGCCCAGAUGUCAUGUUGAAAAAGGACAGCCGCAGUUACCCAUGGCUAAUGAAGUCCAACCAACAUCAAUACAAGCUGUUCUCCUUUAGCUUGAAAUACAAAGACCUGAAGAAUCACCCAAAUCAUCCCGAGGGAUUCCACGGCAGGGUCCAGCUGAGCAGCAAAGACUACUUCAAGCUGUCAAGCCACGGCCAUGGAGAGGGAGAGGCUGAGCAUUAAACACCAGCUACAAAAGAUGUAUUUAAUAUGGACAUCUGAGAGUUAUCCUGUUUAAAGUGUUACUUUAUAUUUACCACCAAGGAUUUUCGAAUAGAGUGCUUUUUCUUCUACUCUGGGAACCAACGAAGAGUUAAAUAGGACAUCGUGUGAUGUUAAAGACCUGUUUGAUAUUUUAGAGAUCCUCUCAUGGGAAUACGAUAAGUUAUAUCAGGUGAAGCGAAUGUAAUAGAGGGUGUAUGUGUCUGUGUUUAUGUAGACUUUCUUGUUGAGCUAACUCCAUCAAGCUUCAAAGCAAGGUUUACACUUUGAAUAAAAGUUUUGUUUGUACAGUU